UGAAAAUGGAUACUACCACAGUCAUAUAUUAAUCAAAGGAUGUGUUGUACAGAUUUCUUUCCUUUAGACCACUCAACACCUUCUACUUCAGCAUCUUCUCUCACGGACACCUUGUCCUUUUCAUCAAGCGACAGCGACCUAAGAGAAAAGAGUCUUUCUACAGGUUGUAGUAGAGAGAACAAAGACGGAAGCCCAUCUGUGGUGAAAGCUCCCCUGUCAGAGACCGCAAAAGAGAUGGUCAAAAAUGCCUUGCUUCGAAAAUCUGGAGGAGAGGACAUUCUUGAAGAGUAUAAAUCAGAAAACACGCUGAAGCACCGCACCAGGAGGCAGCUUGUCAACAUACUGGCAAGUGAUAUGACUGAGAGACAUGGCCGGAUUCCCUCCCGUCAACAGAAGGAGAAGUAUGCGCUGGGAAUCAUUUCACUUUUUCCUGCACUUAAGGAUCCCUUCUCACCAAAAGGAUAUGAGCAUUUUUAUGAUGCACAGAAAGGUACUGGAUAUUUGGCGUGGCGUCUGAAGACAAUGAGCAGGACUACAGCAAAGAGGCCAGCAAAGGAGCCAUCAUUGCCUAAAGACCAAGGGCCAAAACGGAGAAGACAAGUGACAACACUGCCUGAGCAGCUAGAUGGUGACGACUGCAGGGAAGCCAUUUCGUUUCUUAUUCACACCCCUGAAGAAGCAAGUGUGCUGGAGAAAAUGAAGAUGACGUUUCAAUAUCGGCAGGACUUGGUGCAUGACCCAGAAAGAAGCGCGGAUGUCUUCAAAACAUUCCCACGUUUCCUGGAUGUAAAAGGACUCGUAAAUCAAGACUUCAACCUGCUGUUUGGUGCUGAAACAAGUUCCAAGUUGUUGAACAAGUGGGACACAACAUUCAAGCUGAAGAUCAUCAAAGAGGCCACCCAGCUGACUCCAUCAACUGAUCUGUGUCGUCUGGUAAAAGCGGCUGAGAGACACCCACAGAGUGAUGAUUGGGACAGUGACAUGGCCACACUGCUGUUGCUACUUCAUCUUUUGCCUCCCACAGCUGGACGCAAGAAGACCAAGAUCAGCCCAACUGAUGCAGCUGAUCGAAUGGUGCUCUUCCACAAGUCAUGCAGCAGCAUUGAUGAACGUCUAAAAGAAAGAGAAGGAAAGCAGCCAUUCAUCCUUGCGGUUGGCCGUACCCGUAACAAGAUUGACACCUACUAUGUUGCCGUUGACAAACAGCUCAUUCCAUGCCACCACACCAGCUCACUGAGUGCGUUUGACGAACUUUUCAAGUGUCACUACGUCUUCAACCUCUCGUAUGAUGAGUCCCUGGUCCAGCUGUACACUUUUGUACAGACCACUGUAUUCAACAUCGAUGUUACCUCCACAGACGAGUCACCGCGUGUUCGUGAGUUGCGUGCCAAGAUCUUGAAUGACAAUGUUUAAAUGUUUUAUCUGUCAAGCCUUGCAUACCACCAGUAAAGCCUUAAUAAGCCACUUGCGGAUAGGACACAGUUUUUACCCAAGCACCAAGUUCAAAUUGUCUUGUUCCCAGGACGCCUGUCGGCGUCAGUUCAGUACAUAUGCAGGUUUGAUAAAGCAUUUAAAUACUGUUCAUGGUAACGAUUUCUGUCACGGUGAUGAUGCAGAAGAGGAUGGCCUCUUUGAUAAUCUUCAGCUUGAACCUGAUUGUCUUGUUUCAAAAAACCCGAUUGAAGGAAAUGAAUUCUUGCAAGGUGCUGGGUGUUCUGAAAGCAAUAGAUCUGGUCAGUGUAGCAGUGACGAUACGAAAAACAUUUGUGCUGCAAUUAUUUCUAAACUAACUGGUAGUGGUGUGGCAAAUAGUGUAGUUUCAUCAGUUGUAAGUCAUUUAGAAGAUUUUGCAGAAGGACUUCAUUCUGAGUUUAAGCACAAAGUUUUGUCUGCUAUACCGGCUGAUAAUCCUGUAAGAAAUACAUUGGGAAAGUGUCUUGAAACCUUUGAAAACCCUGUUGAGAACUUUAAUACUGAAAGUAAAAGAAAAAAGUAUUUAAGUGAAAAAUGGGGAAUGGUGGACCCUGUGGAAAAACUGUUGGGAUUCCGCUAUGAUUCAAGGCUCA